UGAGCAUCCAUCCCAUCCAUCCCAUUCCAUACAUAUAACAUUAUACCUCACAAUAACCAUCACAUCACAUCACAUCACAGCAUAACAAAACUCAUCUCAAUAACCCACUACCAGAAACCAUCAUCUACUCUUCCCUCGCCCAAUUAUCACUAAUUAAAAUGAAAAUCACCCCUUUCGUCCUCCUGAGUUUAACCUCACUCCUCCCCCUAACAAACGCGUGGGGAACACUAGGUCAUCAGACAGUAGCAUAUGUCGCUACGAAUUUUGUAGCGGAGGACACGAGAGGUUAUUUUCAGAUGUUGUUGAGGAAUGAUACGGGGAGUUAUUUGGCGGGUGUGGCGACGGUAAGGUUUUUGAGUUUCGGAUGAAGACUCGAGAAGGAAAAAUCCAAUUGGGAAAGUUUGAGAUGGGUCGUUUUACUAACAUUUUUGGGGUUUGUGUAGUGGGCGGAUAGUUAUAGGUUAGUUGUUAUAUUGAGGCUCUUUCAAAGAUCUUUGAGUGUUAAGAUUGAUGCAGGUAUACGAAAGCGGGGAAUAAUACAGGCCCGUGGCAUUUUAUUGAUGCGUUGGAUGAUGUGCCUAGGUGUGGGUACUUUCUUUGAGAGAGGGAUUCAUGGGUUCAGCUGAAGGGGAUGGAGAUUAUGAGAGCUUUGGUAUCUAAGGAGUCAUGCUGAUGUUGAGGUUUUGUCUAGCUUGUGGAGUCAAGUUUGCUAGGGAUUGUGGGGAGGAAGGAUGUGUGGUGGGAGCGAUUUUGAAUUUUGUGAGUCCAAUUUCCAGCUAGUUGUGGAUGAUUCUUGAUAUUAUCUUCAACUGCAAAUCCUGUGGCUUGGUUGGAAUUUGAAGGGUUUGGCGCUGUUAAAGUGUCUUCGAACGUGAGAACUUAAGACAAACAGCCAGAGUGAAAUAAUAGAAAGAUUUAUGAGUUCAAAAAUCGUAAUAGAAAUCGAUGCUAAUCCAAAGAUCAGACGAGUCAAUUACUAGACCCAAACGUGUCUAGAUAUCACAAAUACAUUGCUGCAAAGGUACGAAUAUCUGAACAUAUUUUGAGUACUACUAACAUAUCUACAAAUAGUUCAUCGUCCACGUGAGUUUCCACCUUCGGAUUCCCUUGUAUCAACUAAAGAUAAGUCUAGUUUGUCGGUGAUAUCCACCAACCUCUUCACGCCGAGAACAUCGAUAUAGGAGGUAAUACCAUCAAAGUGACCUUCAACGGCAAAGAAACCAAUCUGCAUUCCUUUUGGGAUACUGCCAUUCCCGAAGAACUCGUAGGAGGAUACUCCAUAACCGAUGCUCAAAAAUGGGCAAACGUGCUAACAACCGCUAUAAAAACCGGCAAAUAUAAAUAUCAAGCGAAAUCAUGGCUUGAAGGUAUGAAUAUAGGUGAUCCAUUGACCACAGCGCUUGGUUGGGCCAGAGAUUCAAAUGCCUUUAUUUGUACGACGGUUAUGCCAGAUGGAGCAGAGGUGUUGCAGGGGAUGGAAUUGAGUGGUGAAUAUUACGAGAGUGGUGUACCGGUUGUUGAACUGCAGGUUGCGAGGGCAGGAUAUAGGUAAGCUGUUCUGGGGAUUUUUCGUGAAUAUAGUGCUGAUUAGACUACAAGGCUCGCGGCGUGGUUGGAUAUGAUUGUUGGUGGUAUCAAAACGGAGCUGUAAUCUUAGGUUGCUAAUUAUCACUUUAUUAUGUUUUUACGUUUCGUGAUUGGUGUAUAUUUUUGGAACGUAUCAAGGGGAAGGGAUUUGGGACAGGAAGAAGGAAGUUGGAAGGUGGAUAUAAAUAUUGGGGAAA